GCUUUCGCAAAGUGACGUCAUCAGAUCACUACUUUAACACGUUCAGGACAGUUUAACGAAAAUGGUUUGACUUCGCUUCGCGCUGUUUGUCAACAACUGGAGCGACUCUGGGAGCACAGAAGCAUGAAGCAGAGGAUGUCAGAUGGGUGCCACCUUGUGUACGCGGCAUAUCUGGCAUUGUCACUGUGUGGAACUGUCACUGUGGUCUCUGCAGCAGCAGCGUGCAUUCCUGAAACGUGUGGAAUGGACAGUGGGACGUACGUACAGAGCAGAGGGACCUGCACGCUCCAGGUCUUUACUCACCCGCCAAAAGAGUACAUGGAGGAACGCUGUGGGCGCAAUCAACCCUACAAUUGCAACGGAAGGUAUAAUCGCUUCAAUUCCAUGAGGGGACUUUCGCGGCGUUUGAGAGUGGACGUGGAGCACUAUCUGCCCUCUGGUCGCGUGACACACCUGACCUUUGCCACGGCAGACGACAGACACAAGGCGUUCAGUGCUUCUCUUGUGGUGGUGCAGAGGGCCAAUCCGUUGACUUAUCCCUUAACUGUCCGAGUGGUGGCUGUUGCAGACAUCAGUUGUCCAGCCAACAGCAGGACAGCGGUGGAUCAGUGCGUGAAGUUGAAGAAGGAGUUGAUUAUAAAUACCGAUGAGAGCAACUACCACCUGGGCUUCUUCUCCGCCGACGAUGACAUAAAUCAGCAAGACUACAACUGGAACUACGCCGUGAGGAGAUCAGUGUUUGGCACGUACGUGUCACGCCCGUUGGUAAAAGUCCUGGAAGUUGGCGACGAGGUGGCGCUAACUUCAGCUACUUCGGCAAUCGACGGCUGGGCUGACGAAAGGAUUUACCUCUACAUCAACGCAAGAAUAGAAAGAGCCAGCUGCUACUGUGACCAACGUCGUAUGUGCGGAGCUGGAGGGCGGUGUCGGACUCAUCUAGCUCACUGCGAGUGCGACCCUGGCUACAUGUUACAGGACAAGACAUGCAAAGCAUGCCCGAAAACCCGCUACGGACCUGGGUGUGAGCGUGUGUGUGACUGUGUCAACGCAGAAUACUGUGACAAUAACGGCAACUGUGUGUGUGAGAAAGGUUAUCAAGGAAUCAAGUGUGAUAUAGAUUCUGAUUUAUGCCCCUGCACACUCCCCUACGUUUGCUACAAAGAUGCAGUAGGAGCAGUACGUUGCGCAUGUCCCUUGGGGUCCCGGAUGCUCUAUUUUUUGUGCGCAACAUGCAUGCAGGGUACACACGGCCUUAACUGCGCCUCGAAAUGCAACUGCAACGAAAUGUACACCCUUGACACUACCUGCGACCCGGUGACGGGCCAGUGUCGGUGCAGGCCCGGGUGGACAGGCCUGAAGUGCGACCAGAACGUCAACGAAUGUGAAACACUCGACAGACCAUGUCCCGCUCUUGAAAAAUGCUUCAACACUCCAGGCUCCUACCGCUGCGACUGCAUCGAGAACUUCGUGCGGGUCAACGGAAAAUGCGAAGAAUUGGGAUUCGAGGUUAUCACCGACCCCAUUAGCCCUUUCUUGGACCGCGCGACACCCAUCUACAUCGUGCUGAGCGUAGGCAGUACCCACUCCUUAUCUAUUUCGUUCGAAAUCAUCGUCGAUGAAAUAAUCUGCCAAGUCACCUUGUGGAGCGGCAAACCCGGCCCGGACGGCUACGCUUGGGACCAGAGGCCCUUCGCCUGGACAGGCCCUCUGAGAAAAAUCAACUGGCCGCGAACCGUAUAUCGUCUGUUCUACUUCUUCUCGCAUCGGGUCUCGAGGAUACGUGUAAAUUCAACAACACAUGAUAUGCCCCCUUCGGAUCAACAAAUCCGCGCUGAUGCCAGUAACAACAGCAAGGCCUGGGAGCUCUGCCUUUCCCAGGUGAACCUGAAGGGAGCCUCCCCCUCUGCGUAUGAUCUUAAAGAUUUCCGAGUGCCGCGGGAUUCGGACCUACACGUGUACCUCGAUAUGAAGAUCCCACCCUGUUCAAAAGGCUCACUGCUGACUAGCGGGCAGUGGUUGUUGUACCCCUAUACCCCGCCAAUGUUCCCUAUCUGCCCCGACUUCUCGACUCUAGAGCCGAUUAGACUCAGGGGUCGCAUGACCGACACCCGCCUCAUCAUACCGGCGAGGUAUCUGCCCUCAGGAAUUCUCCGCAUCUGUAACAACUUCACCAUAAUGGAGACCCAGCUCGGUACACGUCGGAUUUUAAAGUGUGGCUACGUCGAGAUACAGCCAGUUAAUAAGAUCAUCUUCAUCCUGAAGCCGGUCACACAGCAUCCUAUCAAUGUUCUGUUAGACACAUCCAUAGUGUUUGACGCCAGGGAAAUCUACUCUUUGGAGGACAAUGAGACGGAUAAACAGCUUCACGGCGAGUUCAAUUAUGACUGGCAUUGCAACGAAGUUACCAAUGGAGUACCCAUGCGGCCAUGCGGCAACCGAUUCCCUAUCUUGAAAGAGCAACGGGCAGAAUACGUUUCAACAUCAGCGAGCCUCCCUUUGCAGCAAUGAAGUUGUACCGCCUGACGGUGACGACAAGCAAGAAUACUCUGACGAACACUGACUAUCGCUCUUUCUACGUUACUUCUUCCUCCUUCUUACCUCUCUCAAUCAGGUGUGUGUACAAUUGUCUCGGAAGAGCAAAUGUCAACGACUACGUCAAAUUCAACUGUGGUGUACCGGAUGACCUACGUGAUGAAUAUGACAUGCGCGGCGAGUGGGUCGUUACAACAACUGGCAAGUCGUGGUCCGGCCAGAAUCUCUCCGCCAUUUCCUCUGGAACGUCCAGCACGCUGUUUCUGGACAUCAUACCUGAUGUGUUUUCAGCUGGUGGAACCGUCACAUUUACUUUCAAAG